UUAAUUUGUAAAUAAAAUUUCAUUCUCAUCUAAUUAUCUCCGCGACAACUUCAUUUUCAAUUUCCACCUUCAUUGAGCUUCGAACCCUACACACAAAAACCAUAACCAGAGAGAUAAGCAUGUCAGGUGGGCCUAUUUCUCAGGAUUGGGAACCAGUCGUCAUCCGCAAGAAAGCUCCCAACGCCGCCGCCAAAAAGGAUGAGAAAGCCGUUAACGCCGCUCGCCGUGCAGGCGCCGAUAUCGAUACCGUCAAGAAAUAUAAUGCUGCCACAAACAAAGCUGCAUCUAGCAGCACUUCAUUGAACACUAAAAGGCUGGAUGAGGAUACAGAGAAUCUAGCCCAUGAUCGUGUACCAACUGAACUGAAGAAGGCUAUAAUGCAAGCUAGGAUGGACAAAAAGCUUACUCAGUCUCAGCUUGCUCAAAUCAUCAAUGAAAAGCCUCAAGUGAUCCAAGAGUACGAGUCAGGCAAAGCCAUUCCAAAUCAGCAGAUAAUUGGCAAGUUGGAGAGAGCCCUUGGAGCUAAACUGCGUGGCAAGAAAUGAGGAACCUAUUUUCAUGGUUGUUCGCUAGGUUUGCAUGUCACUCUUGAGGUGUUGUCAUGUUUGUCUUUGCUCGCUGAGUGUGUAUAUGUAAGACAGAUAAAUGGUUUUGAGGACCUGUGGUUUUCACCUGUUUGAAUAAGUAAGGUUGCAUUUUCAGCUUGAACCCUCCUUUCCAUUGAUUGUAAGAUAUGAUUGCUUCAUAGAGAAAGUGAGUGCUGUGUUUAUCUUGGUUCAUUGGCAAGGUUUGCAGGGAACCCACUUAAAUGUAGAACACCAAUGAAUUUCGAAUCUUGGAAGAGUGAAAUUUGUAACA